CUCCCGGCGGCCUAUUUCCCCUCCCGGCGGCCUCUUCCCCUCCCGGUGGCGCCGGAAUCAAACCCCGCCGCCCGCGCAGGAGGCGACAUGUCCAAGAAAAAAGGUCUGAGCUUUGAGGAAAAGAGAGCUCGCAUGAUGGAGAUCUUUUUUGAAACAAAAGAUGUGUUCCAGUUGAAGGAUAUAGAGAAGAUUGCUCCAAAAGAAAAAGGGAUUACCUCAAUGUCAGUGAAAGAGAUUCUUCAAAGCUUAGUUGAUGAUGGCAUGGUGGACACUGAUAGAAUUGGAACUUCUAAUUAUUUCUGGGCUUUUCCAAGUAAAGCUCUUCAUGCCAGGAAGCGUAAAUUGGAAGAAUUGGAGUCUCAGUUUGCUGAAAGCAGUCAGAAAAAAGAAGCUUUAGAAAAAAGCAUUGAGAAAGCAAAAAUUGGACGUGAAGAUACUGCAGAACGUGCAGCUCUAGUAGAGGAACUUGCUGCCCUUCGGCAGAAAAAAGAACAGCUAAAGGCAGAAAUAGACAAAUACAGAGAAUGUGAUCCAGACGUCGUUGAAGAAAUGCGACAAACAAACAAAGUAGCCAAGGAGGCAGUCAAUAGAUGGACUGAUAACAUCUUUUCAAUAAAGUCCUGGGCCAAACGUAAAUUCGGUUUUGAAGAAAGCAGAAUUGACAAAAGUUUUGGAAUCCCAGAAGAUUUUGAUUACAUUGAUUAGUGUUGAGUAGUUGAUGGCUGACACAGUUGUACAUAGUUUGUUAAAUAUUCUCAGUUGGCAUUUAAAUGUGUAUAUGAAUCCUCUCUGAACAACUGACCACCCUUUAAUUAGCAGGUUUUGUUAAAAUUAAUAAAAUUCUUAAA